GGCCGCUGACGGCGGGCGCGCCGGGUGGCGCGGGCCCGGCCUGCCCAGCGCGAUGCGCCGCUCAAGCACUGACGAGUCCACGUACCGGCGCAGCCCAUCGCCAGAGGGCAAGGAGCCGGGCUUCGCGCGCGGCGGCCCCUUCCGGCGCUGCAGCAGCCAGUACGGGCGCGGGGACGCCGGGGACGCAAGCAGCGGCGCCUUCUUCGGCCUGCACGCGAACCCCGGCCCCAAGGCGGCCCAGGCGCGCUACACGUCGCCCAAGGGCAACAAGUACGUGGUGUUCUACCUGGACCUGUCCUUCAUCUUCCUCCUAGAGCUGAAGCGCUGCAGCAUGGCGCGCGGCUGCCUCCAGGGCGUCAAGUACCUCAUGUUCGCCUUCAACCUGCUCUUCUGGCUGGGUGGCUGCGGCGUCCUGGGUGUUGGCAUCUGGUUGGCUGCCACACAGGGAAACUUUGCCACGCUGUCAUCCUCCUUCCCGUCCUUGUCGGCUGCCAACCUGCUCAUCGUCACCGGCACCUUUGUCAUGGCCAUCGGCUUCGUGGGCUGCAUUGGGGCCCUCAAGGAGAACAAGUGCCUGCUGCUCACUUUCUUCGUGCUGCUGUUGCUGGUGCUCCUGUUGGAAGCCACCAUCGCUGUGCUUUUCUUUGCCUACACUGACAAGAUUGACAGGUAUGCCCAGCAAGACCUGAAGAAGGGACUCCAUCUGUAUGGUACUGAGGGCAACGUGGGCCUCACCAACGCCUGGAGCAUCAUCCAGACAGAUUUCCGCUGCUGUGGAGUCUCCAAUUACACCGAUUGGUUUGAGGUGUACAACACUACUCGUGUGCCUGACUCUUGCUGUCUGGAGUUCAGCGACAGCUGUGGGCUGCAUGCGCCAGGCACCUGGUGGAAGGCGCCCUGCUAUGAGACCGUGAAGGCCUGGCUCCAGGAGAACCUGCUGGCCGUGGGCAUCUUUGGACUGUGCACAGCAUUGGUGCAGAUUUUGGGCCUGACCUUCGCCAUGACCAUGUACUGCCAGGUGGUAAAGGCAGACACCUACUGUGCAUAGGCCACCAGCUGGCCCCGCUUCUCUGCCAAAGGACACCACCCACAAGGGAGAUGACUGCAUCCAAACCUGCCUCUCCCACCACAGGACUUGGUGCUCUGCUGGGCACAGGGCAGAGCCAGUGCCCAGAGCCCUCAGGAUCCCGGCCCUGGAAGGCCUCGGCUUGGGUGGCUGCAGGGUCUCCAGACCACAGAGGAGGGGGUGGCUGAAGUGUCUGAGGCUGGGGGCAGGAGGGGCUUUGAUUCUUUUUAUAUUCAUGUGUCCUCCGGAACAGUGUUCACGUUGGGUGGGGAUUGCCAAGCAAUGGUCCCCAACCUCCCAGGGACUCUGGGGGAAGGGGCAGUCAGCCUCCCUGAGGCUCCCACAAGUCCUGGUGCUCCAGGCAGGGCCAGGCCCCAUCAUCCACAUUCCAUGGCGGGGCUGUGGCUCCAGGUGCAUAUUAAUAAAAGUGCGUGAGCAGCACUUGUGUCUUUCUGGAUG